GCGCCCACUAGACCCCGGGUUCCAUGACUGGUCCCGCCGUCCGGCCUUGGAUAAGUUACUUAGUCUCUCUAAAUGAAGAGAUCAAGCCUUAGCUCGCGGGGUUGUUGGAUCUAUUAAGCUAACUGUGAAGGACUUAGCGCAAUAAGUGAUGCCCUAUGCUGCUAGCCUCACCCAUCUUCAUCGUCAGAAUUUACUCCUGAUCCAGGGUCGGGGCAGGACGCAUCAGUGUCAGGCCUAACAGGAGGCACAGCCCGCGUCCACAGAGACCGAUCAUCCCUUCUGACCUAACCCCACCGCCGGGACCCAGCCUUAGGCCCCUCUCUCGGAAACCUCAGCUUCCCAGGAGAGACCCCUGGCUCUGAACUCUAAGUCUUAGUUGGGUGUCCUUCUCAGAGCGGACUCGCGUUAAGUAGGCCCCAGGCCAGGAAGGCUGGGAAAGGAAAGGGUCCUCGUCCUCCAGUAUUUCUCUGGGGUCUUUUCUCCAGGGACACAGAACUGGACAGCACCAUGUGUACCUCCAGGCUCUACACCCUGGUGCUGGUGCUGCAGCCUCAGCGAGUUCUCCUGGGCAUGAAGAAACGAGGCUUCGGGGCCGGCCGGUGGAAUGGCUUCGGGGGCAAAGUGCAAGAAGGAGAGACCAUCGAGGACGGGGCCAAGAGGGAGCUGCAGGAGGAGAGUGGCCUCAUAGCAGACACACUGCACAAGGUGGGCCAGAUCGUGUUUGAGUUUGUGGGGGACCCUGAGCGGAUGGACGUGCACAUCUUCCGUGCAGACAGCACCCAGGGCACACCCAUGGAGAGCGAGGAAAUGCGUCCCCAGUGGUUCCGGCUGGAUCAAAUCCCUUUCGACGACAUGUGGCCUGACGACAGCUACUGGCUUCCUCUCCUGCUUCAAAAGAAGAAGUUCCACGGCUACUUCAAGUUCCAGGGUCACAACACCAUCUUGGACCACACGCUGCAGGAAGUGGACAAAGUCUAGAGAAAACCCCUCCAGCCAGAGGGGCCGUGGGCUGGACCCACGUGGGCCCCACUGAGCCAGCAGCUGGGCGCAGCUUUUCUGCGUUUGGCACAUGAGCAGAUGGUGGGGAAAAUAAACGUCUUUCCAUUUGUACACACUG